AUGGCCAGUAAGCAUGUUCUGUUCAUCUACAUUAGCAAGGACGUGAUGCGAGUAGAUCUGCCUGGUAUAUUUGGGGCACCUGCAGAGGCGGGGCCACCUGGAGAAGUGGGGACUGUAGCCAAGUGUGAGGAAUUUGAAGACACAUUUCUCACAGCUGAGGGCGGAGACUUGAAAGAAAAGUUGCUAUCGGUUCUGCGGAAUGAGGGAGAGACUGCCAUUUCAGACCCCGCCCCCUGUCGUCAUCACGUCCCCUACCCGGACAACGCGCAUGCGCCGAGAAUAAUCCCACCCAUCCCGUCGUUCUGGCGGGAAAGCGGAGAUGAUGUGAAGUUCCGGACGGUUUUGGCGCUUUUUACCACAGAGUUUCAGCGCCGCACGCGCAGCGCGGUUUUCCGUCGUCUGAUUGGCCCAGCCCCGCUCACGAAACAUGUCUUAUCUUUCCAGGAUGCAAACAAGUUUAACGACAUUGUUCGUUACUUUUCCAAAGAAGAGUGGGCAGAGCUGAGUGACUGGGAGAAACUCCGCUAUAAGAAUGUGAAGCGGAACUAUGAAGCCAUGCUCGCCAUUGCUGUCUCCACCAAAAAUAUGUUUGGAUCAACAAAUGAUAAGUCAACCAAAGUGUCUGAGAAAAGGCAAUAUGAUUUACGAAAGAAAGAGAAAAAAAAUUAUAUUGAGGAACAAGAGCUUCGUGAUGACGACUACCUUUUUUGUGAAGCCUGCGAGACGUUUUUUAUUGAAGAAUGCCCUGUGCAUGGUCCACCCAUCUUUAUGAAGGACACUGUUGUGGAUUUCAAUCAACCAGACAGAGCAUGUUUAACACUUCCUGAGGGUCUCUACAUAGCCCCAUCAAAAAUUCAGAAAGCUGGUCUGGGUGUCUGGAAUGAAGGGAAGCUUAUUCCCAGGGGUGUUCAUUUUGGACCAUAUGAAGGGGAGGUUUCUAGUGAAGAAGCAGCUGCUGUCAGUGGAUAUUCAUGGGUGAUCAGCAAGGCAAACAAGGAACUUGAAUACAUAGAUGCCCAGGAUGAAGCUAACUCAAACUGGAUGAGGUUUGUGAACUGUGCCAGAAAGGAGGAGGAACAGAACCUGGUUGCCUUCCAGCACUGUGAAAACAUUUACUACAGGACGUGUAAGCCAGUUCCUACUCACUGUGAGUUACUGGUCUGGUACGGUGAUGAUUAUGCCAAGGAGCUGGGAAUCACUUGGACCUCUAUGUGGAUGUCAAAUCAGGAAGCAAAAUUAUCACAUCAAGUGACCCAGAGUGACUGUUAUCCUUGCCCUCAGUGCAACAUUGCAUUUACCACAACAGAUUUCCUUAAACGGCAUUUGAGACGACACGCUGCAGCGUCCAGACCAACAUCAACUGGAGAACCAUCGACCUCCAAUGUAAACCAAGAUGGUCAGAGUCCAGUGUCGAAACGUAGGCAGGAUCCACUCACAGUAUCCGAUAGAAAGAGGACAUUUGCCAAGUCAGAUUACCCUCAAGCUGGCAAAAAGCAGAGACAGCAUGAAUGUCCGGACUGUGGGAAGAGUUUCACAUGGGCGGAGAGCUUCCACCGACACCAGCGGACCCACACCGGAGAGAGGCCGUAUAAGUGUUCCGACUGUGGGAAGAGUUUCACACAGGCAGGAAACCUCCAUCAACACCAGCGGACCCACACCGGAGAGAGGCCGUAUAAAUGUUCCGAAUGUGGGAAGAGUUUCACGGUGUCAGGGGACCUCCACCGACACCAGCGGACCCACACCGGAGAGAGGCCGUAUAAAUGUCCCGAAUGUGGGAAGAGUUUCACACGGGCAGGGAGCCUCCAUCAACACCAGAGGACCCACACCGGAGAGAGGCCGUAUAAAUGUUCCGAAUGUGGGAAGAGUUUCACAGAGUCAGGAAACCUCCAUCAACACCAGCGGACCCACACCGGAGAGAGGCCGUAUAAAUGUUCCGAAUGUGGGAAGAGUUUCACGGUGUCAGGGAGCCUCCACCGACACCAGCGGACCCACACCGGAGAGAGGCGGUAUAAAUGUUCCGAAUGUGGGAAGAGUUUCACGGUGUCAGGGAGCCUCCACCGACACCAGCGGACCCACACCGGAGAGAGGCCGUAUAAAUGUUCCGAAUGUGGGAAGGGUUUCACAGUGUCAGGCCACCUCCAUCAACACCAGCGGACCCACACCGGAGAGAGGCCAUAUAAAUGUUCCGAAUGUGGGAAGAGCUUUGCUCAUCUUCACCAGCAGAAAUCUCACACUUGUGUUGAAACUUGUCACACGUGUGGGAAUGUCUUCAGGGAUUCAUCAGCUUUCACAAUUCAUACUGCGACCGGCUACCACCGAGAUCUGUGUCCGGAUCGCUUGAUCCAUAUUCUUUGUUCAUCCGGCGUGCGUAAAGUUCCACACAGUGGGCGUCUGGAAUCCAGCAGGUCCGAGAGUCGAAUCUGGCAAAGCAUUGCUGUGACCGUGUCCAAGUCUCGACAAGCUCUACGACGACAGGAGAGACUGCCAUUUCAGAGCCCCGCCCCCUGUCGUCAGCACGUCACCUACCCGGACAACGCGCAUGCGCCGAGAUUAAUCCCACCCAUCCCGUCGUUCUGGCGGGAAAGCGGAGAUGAUGUGAAGUUCCGGACGGUUUUGGCGCUUUUUACCACAGAGUUUCAGCGCCGCACGCGCAGCGCGGUAUGCCGUCGUCUGAUUGGCCCAGCCCCGCUCACGAAACAUGUCUUAUCUUUCCAGGAUGCAAACAAGUUUAACGACAUUGUUCGUUACUUUUCCAAAGAAGAGUGGGCAGAGCUGAGUGACUGGGAGAAACUCCGCUAUAAGAAUGUGAAGCGGAACUAUGAAGCCAUGCUCGCCAUUGCUGUCUCCACCAAAAAUAUGUUUGGAUCAACAAAUGAUAAGUCAACCAAAGUGUCUGAGAAAAGGCAAUAUGAUUUACGAAAGAAAGAGAAGAAAAAUUACAUUGAGGAACAAGAGCUUCGUGAUGACGACUACCUUUGUAGGUUUGUGAACUGUGCCAGAAAGGAGGAGGAACAGAACCUGGUUGCCUUCCAGCACUGUGAAAACAUUUACUACAGGACGUGUAAGCCAGUUCCUGCUCACUGUGAGUUACUGGUCUGGUACGGUGAUGAUUAUGCCAAGGAGCUGGGAAUCACUUGGACCUCUAUGUGGAUGUCAAAUCAGGAAGCAAAAUUAUCACAUCAAGUGACCCAGAGUGACUGUUAUCCUUGCCCUCAGUGCAACAUUGCAUUUACCACAACAGAUUUCCUUAAACGGCAUUUGAGACGACACGCUGCAGCGUCCAGACCAACAUCAACUGGAGAACCAUCGUCCUCCAAUGUAAACCAAGAUGGUCAGAGUCCAAUGUCGAAACGUAGGCAGGAUCCAUUCACACUAUCCGAUAGAAAGAGGACAUUUGCCAAGUCAGAUUACCCUCAAGUUGGCAAAAAGGAGAGACAGCAUGAAUGUCCGGACUGUGGGAAGAGUUUCACACAGGCAGGGAGCCUCCACCAACACCAGCGGACCCACACCGGAGAGAGGCCGUAUAAAUGUUCCGAAUGUGGGAAGAGUUUCACACAGGCAGGGCACCUCCACCAACACCAGCGGACCCACACCGGAGAGAGGCCGUAUAAAUGUUCCGAAUGUGGGAAGAGUUUCACACAGGCAGGGCACCUCCAUCAACACCAGCGGACCCACACCGGAGAGAGGCCGUAUAAAUGUUCUGAAUGUGGGAAGGGUUUCACAGAGUCAGGGAGCCUCCACCGACACCAGCGGACCCACACCGGAGAGAGGCCGUAUAAAUGUUCCGAAUGUGGGAAGAAUUUCACACGGGCAGGAAACCUCCACCGACACCAGCGGACCCACACCGGAGAGAGGCCGUAUAAAUGUUCUGAAUGUGGGAAGCGUUUCACAGAGUCAGGGAGCCUCCACCGACACCAGCGGACCCACACCGGAGAAAGGCGUUAUAAAUGUUCUGAAUGUGGGAAGGGUUUCACAGAGUCAGGGAGCCUCCACCGACACCAGCGGACCCACACCGGAGAGAGGCCGUAUAAAUGUUCCGAAUGUGGGAAGAGCUUUGCUCAUCUUCACCAGCAGAAAUCUCACACUUGUGUUGAAACUUGUCACACGUGUGGGAAUGGUCCGCAUGAAUGUCCGGACUGUGGGAAGAGUUUCACACAGGCAGGGAGCCUCCACCGACACCAGCUGACCCACACCAGAGUGAGGCCGUAUAAAUGUUCCGACUGUGGGAAGGGUUUCAACGUGUCAGGGGACCUCCACCGACACCAGCGGACCCACACCGGAGAGAGGCCGUAUAAAUGUUCCGAAUGUGGGAAGGGUUUCACAGUGUCAGGCCACCUCCAUCAACACCAGCGGACCCACACCGGAGAGAGGCCGUAUAAAUGUUCCAAAUGUGGGAAGAGUUUCACACGGGCAGGGAGCCUCCACCUACACCAGCGGAUCCACACCGGAGAGAGGCCGUAUAAAUGUUCCGAAUGUGGGAAGAGUUUCACAGUGUCAGGCCAUCUCUAUCAACACCAGCGGACCCACACCGGAGAGAGGCCGUAUAAAUGUUCCGAAUGUGGGAAGGGUUUCACAGAGUCAGGGAGCCUCCACCGACACCAGCGGACCCACACCGGAGAGAGGCCGUAUAAAUGUUCCGAAUGUGGGAAGAGUUUCACAGAGUCAGGAAACCUCCAUCAACACCAGCGGACCCACACCGGAGAGAGGCCGUAUAAAUGUUCCGAAUGUGGGAAGAGUUUCACGGUGUCAGGGAGCCUCCACCGUCACCAGCGGACCCACACCGGAGAAAGGCGUUAUAAAUGUUCUGAAUGUGGGAAGGGUUUCACAGAGUCAGGGAGCCUCCACCGACACCAGCGGACCCACACCGGAGAGAGGCCGUAUAAAUGUUCCGAAUGUGGGAAGAGCUUUGCUCAUCUUCACCACUUCCACCGACACCAGCGGACCCACACCGGAGAGAGGUCGUAUAAAUGUUCCGAAUGUGGGAAGAGCUUUGGUGUAGGGGCAGAUGUAACACUUCACCAGCGGACCCACACCGGAGAGAGGCCGUAUAAAUGUUCCGAAUGUGGGAAGAGUUUCACACGGGCAGGAAACCUCCACCGACACCAGCGGACCCACACUGGAGAGAGGCCGUAUAAAUGUUCCGAAUGUGGGAAGUGUUUCACACGGGCAGGGAGCCUCCACCGACACCAGCGGACCCACACCGGAGAGAGGCCGUAUAAAUGUUCCGAAUGUGGGAAGAGUUUCACACGGGCAGGAAACCUCCACCGACACCAGCGGACCCACACUGGAGAGAGGCCGUAUAAAUGUUCCGAAUGUGGGAAGUGUUUCACACAGGCAGGAAACCUCCAUCAACACCAGCGGACCCACACCGGAGAGAGGCCGUAUAAAUGUUCCGAAUGUGCGAAGUGUUUCACACGGGCAGGGCACCUCCACCUACACCAGCGGACCCACACCGGAGAGAGGCCGUAUAAAUGUUCCGAAUGUGGGAAGGGUUUCACACAGGCAGGGCACCUCCACCUACACCAGCGGACCCACACCGGAGAGAGGCCGUAUAAAUGUUCCGAAUGUGGGAAGAGUUUCACAUGGGCAGGAAGCCUCCACCGACACCAGCGGACCCACACCGGAGAGAGGCCGUAUAAAUGUUCCGAAUGUGGGAAGAGUUUCACAUGGGCAGGAAGCCUCCACCGACACCAGCGGACCCACACCGGAGAGAGGCCAUAUAAAUGUUCCGAAUGUGGGAAGAGUUUCACGGAGUCAGGCCACCUCCAUCAACACCAGCGGACCCACACCGGAGAGAGGCUGUAUAAAUGUUCCGAAUGUGGGAAGAGUUUUGCUUAUCUUCACCAGCAGAAAUCUCACACUUGUGUUGAAACUUUUCACGUGUGUGGGAAUGUCUGCAUGGAUCCAUCAGCUUACACAAAGGGUUGUAUUGAACAAUAA